UCUUUGUUUCUUGUAGGAUUGCGCUCCUUCCAUCUGGCACAUUCUGGACAUAGAGAAAUAACCUUAUUGCUGUUGGUGGUGUUGCUGUUAACUUGUUAACUGUGGAAGUGGUGGUGGUGGUGGUGAUGUCAGUUGUAACAGCUGAUUGCAAAGGUAACAGAUGAAGUGUGAAAACAGUGUUGAUGAUGAAAGUGGAGAUGGUGGUAGUAGUGAUGUAACUGAGAGCGGAGAAACACAACCGGUUUCUUCUCUUCAGUCAGGAUCAUCAUUAUCAUCAUAUUCAUCUUUAUCGUCACCUUCAUUAUUACAGUUAACAGAGAAGCAGACCAAAAUUCUUCAACAAUUCCGUGAAAAACUCAAAGAUGUCCUCACACCCGUACAUGAUGACAGCUGCCUCGUCCGCUGGCUCAAAGCCAGGAACUUCAAUAUUGACCAGUCGGAAGCGAUGUUUCGUAAGGACCUGUCCUGGCGUGCAGAGAUUGGUGCCGAGACCAUUGUUGAGGACUACGUCAAUCCAGAGGCUGUGCAGCGAUACUACACCGGUGGUGUUUGUGGUUUCGAUAAAACUGGUUGUCCUGUGUUUUAUGAUCCUGUCGGUAAUCUAGAUAUGCAAGGUUUACUGAAGUCUGCGAAAAAGUCUGCCCUUAUGAAGAACAAGGUAAAGUGUAUGGAAGAAAUCGGCCGUCUCCUUGAAACAUGUUCGAUAGAGAAGAACAGAAAAAUCAACCAGGUUGUAUCUGUGCUGGACGUUAAGAACCUUGGACAGAAGCACUUCUGGAAACCAGGUGUGAAAGCUUUUUGUGAGAUAAUCAGUAUGUUUGAAGAUCAUUACCCAGAAGUAUUAAAGCAAUGUUUUAUUAUCAAUGGUAAGUAUCAACACAAUCCCUCUUUCUCUCUUCCGUCAUCAUCGUCAUCAUUUUAAUGUCCUCUUUUCCAUGCUUGCAUCAGUUA